UUUGCCAUGUUUCCGGGAGGCACAGUAAACUAAACUGAGUUAAAUGGGAACGUUUAAAACGGUAUAAUGUUAGUUAUUUUAGCUUUAUCUGAAUUACAUUGAUUUGCGAUUUAAGAUUAGUGACCCAAGCAGGUCUUUUUGAUCAUGACCAUUGUUGGUGCGUUUGAGUAAAGUUAUUUGUAUUUAUUUGGGGUGGGUGAAAAUAAACAGGCCAAGAUGAAGAACCGCAUCUGUUUCAUCGGAAGUCAACUCAGCAAACAGCGCUUUCUUCUGGCAAUGGCAGGUGCUGCACACGGGUCCAGACAGUGCGCACUAACGCAUCGUUAUUAUCAGCAAUGGACCUGGCGACGGACUCCAUGUGGACCUGCUGGUUUAUAUACACAACAGCUGACAAGAAGACACUGCCAGCAUUUCUCCAAGGAAUUGUUACAGCAAGAAUCUGUUCAAAGAUAUUUAGAGAAGAUGAUUGAAGAAUACCGACAGGUUACCCAGAGACUGAAUAACACAGCGCUCACUGAAAGUGAACGCAGGACCAUGAGCAGAAGGCAGAUCGAACUGUCACCCAUGGCAACAGUAUUUCAGCAAUCUCAGCGUGCGGUGAAAGACAUGAAGGAUGUGCAGGCUAUUAUUGAAAGUGCAGAGGCAGGAGAAGACACACAGAUGUUGGAGCUUGCUAAAGAAGAACAGAAGGGCAUCAGAAAACUCAUUGAAACACUGCAAAUAAAACUGCUUCAGAGUCUGGUGCCUAGUGACAAGCAUGAUGCUAGCGAUGUUAUUGUGGAGGUGGCUGCUGGGAGAACAACAGGAGGUGACAUAUGCCAGCAGUUUACAAGAGAAAUCUUUGAAAUGUAUCAGAAUUUUGCAAGCUACAAGCAAUGGGCUUUUGAAGUUCUCAACUAUACUCCUGCUGAGUAUGGGGGGUUGCAUCAUGCAGCUGCCCGCAUUGCGGGUGAAAGUGUUUACAGGCAUUUCAAAUAUGAAGGAGGAAUGCACAGAGUCCAGAGGAUUCCUGAGGUCGGCCUCUCAUCCAGAAUGCAGCGUAUUCACACUGGGACUAUGAUGGUUAUUGUAUUGCCACAGCCAGAUGAGGUAGAUGUUAUUAUAGAGCCCAAGGAUUUGAGGAUUGAUACGUUCAGAUCGAAGGGAGCAGGUGGACAAAGCGUUAACACAACAGACAGCGCUGUUCGACUGGUUCAUAUUCCCACAGGAAUAACAGUUGAGUGUCAGCAGGAACGCUCACAGCUGCAAAACAGGGAAACUGCAAUGAGGAUGCUGAGAGCGAGAAUUUACCAACAGCUCAUAGAAAAAGAGACGGAGCAGAGGCAAAGUGCCCGGAAACUUCAGGUAGGAACACGGUCCCAGUCAGAAAGAAUUCGAACCUAUAACUUCACUCAGGACAGAGUGACUGAUCACAGGAUUUCAUAUGUUACUCGAGAUAUCAAGGAGUUUCUGAGUGGUGGAGAACUGCUGGAGGAGUUGAUCAGUGAGCUACUGAAGUCAGCAGAAACGGAGGCUCUUCUUGAACUGGUAGAAAACAGCAGAGACUGAGAAAGUUACCACGGAAUGUGACAUCCAAAUGUCGGUGCCUAUUGACACCACCAGGCAACUACUGUACCAGUGUAUCUACAACCAGACAAUGCAAAUACAACGUUCCCCUUUAGAAGGCAGCCCUUUAUAAUGUGGGAUCAGUUAUAAUGCAGCAUUGCAGUGACUCCCAUUUGCCCUACAAUGCCAUUCCACUAGCACGUCCAUACUCGCUAUAAGAAGGAACACAAAUAGCAUGGUCUUGUAACUAUGACUCCAGGGUAUAGCUGUAUAAAGAGGAUGCACGGUAAUAAUGCUGCUCGGACUUCCUCCAGUGAUUAUAUUCACUACUGUAUUCACAGUUAUCAUCACUGUCAUCAUGGGUUAAACUGCAGUUAUCUAUUUACAAUAAAUAGUAAAACAUACUGUUAAUCUGGGUUUGUGGUUAUAUCAGACAUAUAGCAAUUGGACAGUUUUUGGUUUUACGCUACCCCUGUGUAAAUAUGGUGUGUGCAUGCCCAGGUUUAGGCAGCACAGUCGGAGCAUAGCUGCAGGUUUUUGUUUCACAGAGAACUGUUGACAAACAACACUUCGUUUUAUUGGAAACUAUGUUGUGUUUCUGAAAGGAGAAGCCACCCUCAAAUCACACACGUAAUCAAACUGUUCCUUUAAAUAGCCCUCUUGUCUACGUCUUCAUGUCAUUUCUUUGUUUGGUCCUCCUCACCCUGCAGCGUGCCUUGUCCUGGCGGAAGGUGGCCCAGAGUGCCACUUGUCCUGCCCGCUGGCAUGAGCUGUCAUCAGUCAAUAGUCAUUACAUCAUAGUCCAGCCCGCGUAUAGGGGAGGCUAUCGAGCUCCAGUGGACAAGACCAUGGGCCAGAGUAUAUUACGUUUCAUCAUGGGCAUGGUCAUAUGUCAAAUGAGGUAAAGAAUCUUUCAAUUCAAAUCUUUUGUGGCUGUUUUCAGAUUGUAGAUUGUGUUUCGUUUACUGUGAGAGGGUUCGAUAUUAGCCAGACACAUUAGAUACGCAAUAAAACAAUAUCAAGAAACUCUUUUUUUUUAAAGUGAAAUUAAAGGCUGCAAUUAUCAUUGGGGUUUGAAAAAUGAUCUGUUAUUAAAUGAGUUAAGCUUUACAGGAGGUGUAAAACAGUGGUAAUAACAUGAUAGAACGCUCUUGGAGGUUUUUAAAAAAUACAUUUUUAUAAAUGCCUUGAAAAUGGCAAUCAUUUCAGCCAUCAUUUCAGUAAGUACAUUAUAUAAUUUUAGAAAAAAGCAACACCCUGUUUUUCUUAAACGUUUUAUAACCGCACCCUUGAAUAUAGGCGUGUGAGUUUACAUCUCCGAUAAUACGCCAUCACAGAGCAGAGCGCACGGAUUGGUUGCGAGCCUGUCAGUCAAGUGGUGCUUUGACUGAAUUGGUUUAUCUGGGCCAUGUGCACUGUUUGAUGUGUAACGUUAACACAAAAACAAAGAAAAACACCUUGUUUUGUCAACUGACUGUACGUUGAUGUUUUAAAUUCUUACCUUGGGUCUUAACUUCAUAGUACGGCAUGAUAGGUGUUUUAGUAGGCUUUACGUAAACUGAUCGAACAAUAAACGCCCCCUGGUGGCGGACUAAUCCUUCUCUCUUAGAGUAUUGUACCAGGCUACCUGUAUUUUUUUUAACAACAAUUUGAUACUCCAGACAUGAACGCAAAGUAUAUAAGAGCUAAAUAAAUACGGGUAUAAAGAAAGAUUUUACCGACUGUAAAUGUAUUGUCUCUGGAAAUUGUAGACUUGUUAUUAUUAUUAUUAUUAUUAUUAUUAUUAUUAUUAUUAUUAAAUAAGUAAUGUAAAAUGUUAUCUAUAAAAAAGGCAAUUCUGUUUUAAAUCCUCAGCAGCCGUCGCGCUGGAGGUAUGCGGAGUAAGUGGCGCAUACAGAUUCCAUACGUGAAGACCGGUGUGACCUUACAGUUACAACUGCCAGUUGUGGGGAAUGUAAACAAACUGGACUGCAGUUGGCGUCUGCUUUUUGAUAGUUUACAGUGAAAUUCAUAUGUGUGUGUAGUUAUGUGUAUUUCUGUAUUUUAUAGUUUUCCGUGAUGUGUUUUUGACACAACAAACCACGUGGGGCAAAUUCCGUCAACCAAACUCCAUGGCGCAUCACUCAACAGCACAGCCAAUCACAAUGUGACAGUAUGACCAGAUCGGGCACCCGUACAGAGCGGAGAACAACAAGCUAGGGUGCGCGCGCUCGCUGUGCGGAGUGAUAAAUGUGAUUGUGGAGCUUUGGCACUGCAGAGAGAGGCAGGUGACUAUGUCGUAAACGUCGGUUUAUUAUGAGUUAAAAAAAAAAAAAAAAAGGAAUUACAUUUGAAAA